AAGGAAAAAGGGCAAGACUUUAGUUGGGACAUGUGGUUUGGCGAGCUUUAGGGGUCUCUCCAGGACUGCUCGGGACUGAUUGAUUUCACUUUCUUCUUCUUCCUCUUCUUUGUUUUUGUAAUCUUGAAAGAGGUUUGAAGAAUCAAGAUUCAACAGACACCCCUAAACUGCAAAGAUCAGCUUACCUUAAUUCAAUUCAAUUCAAUUGGUUUCGUCCCGUAAUUACAGAUUAAUACGGAUUAUUAGUUAAUUAAUUCUCCGAUUAAUACCAGAUUCCAGUGGUGUGCUGUGGUUGGAAUUGGGAUGGGGACAAGGUCCCAGCAGCAACCAGGCCGAGAGCGAGUAGGGCAGGACGACGACGACAUGGCCGGGGGUCAGUCCGUCUCCAUGAGCGGCAGCGUGGGCUCGCCCUCCAGCCGCAGCGAGCAGACCAUGGCCACGCCCGUCGGCGACAACAGUUUUCUCCGACUGAACCAUCCCGACGUUCACGGCGACGACGCUGGCUCCCAAGGCGCCGUUGGUAGCAAGAAGAAGAAGCGAGGUCAACGCGCCGUGGCAGGUGAUAAGAAUGGAAGAGGACUACGCCAAUUCAGCAUGAAAGUGUGCGAGAAAGUGGAGAGCAAAGGAAGAACCACUUAUAAUGAGGUUGCAGAUGAACUUGUAGCGGAGUUUGCUGACCCUAGCAAUGCUGUUACAUCCCCUGAUCAGCAGCAACAAGAUGAUGAGAAGAACAUCAGGCGAAGGGUAUAUGAUGCCCUCAAUGUUCUUAUGGCAAUGGAUAUUAUAUCUAAAGAUAAAAAAGAAAUACAAUGGAAGGGUUUGCCUCGUACAGGCCUGAAUGAUAUUGAAGAACUGAAGACUGAGCGCAUGGGAUUGAGAAAUAGGAUCGAAAAGAAAGCUGCCUAUCUACAAGAGCUGGAGGAACAAUACGUGGGUCUUCAAAAUCUGAUACAACGGAAUGAGCAAUUAUACCACUCUGGAGAUGCGCCCAGUGGAGGUGUGGCUUUACCUUUCAUUCUUGUGCAGACUCGCCCCCAUGCAACUGUUGAGGUGGAAAUAUCAGAAGAUAUGCAGCUGGUGCAUUUUGACUUCAAUAGCACCCCAUUUGAGCUCCAUGAUGACAACUAUGUUUUGAAGGCAAUGAAGUUUUGUAAUAGGCAGCAGGGUGAUGAUGCGACACAAAAUUUAAUUGUAGAUGGAGGCGAAGGUUGUAGCAUGUCGGACAUGUAUCAGCCACAAAUCCCUCUUUCUUCAAUGUUAAACACGCCAAUUAGACCACCACCCAUGUCACCACCCCUUCCCGGAAUACUGAAAGCACGUGUCAAGCAUGAGCACCAUGGACAAUAGUGUUAGCAUCUGUAUAUUGUCGAGAGUAGUUUGCCGGAAGUGAAUAGGUCAUCACGCACCCUCAUGAUUAUCGCUGUUAGAUAUUGCCAUAAGUUGGAUGUAGUUUAGGUUACAAACAAGCAGAUGAGUCUUGGUUGGUUUGAUACUCGGGAGGAUGUCGGCUGUGGGAAAUGCUUCGCUUUGCUUUGCAUGUCCAAUAUGUGCUAUUGUAAUUUUUAUCCCAUUCUUUUUUUAGUUUUACCGUCUUUAGGCCUCCGUUUCGUUGUAAUAGAAUUCAAAGUGGAUUGUUUAUGUAGUUUGAAGAGAAUUGUCCACCUACGUACAAGAAUAGAAUCAUACGAUUAAUUUGACA